AUGGCGACAUCACCACAGAGCCCACCAAAGAGACCACGCCUCUCUCUUCAAAUCACAGCCAUCGCCAAUGGCCCAAGUGUACGGACAUCGAGGAGGGUGGCGGCGGCGGUAGACAUGAAAUCGCCCACGGCCUUCAACACACUGUCAAACGUCUACGCUACCGCUGUCGACCGCUCAACGCCGAUUCAAGAAAACCCGCCAACGGCUCUGCUGAGCGGUAGGCCAAUACUGCGGCUCCAAACCCAAACUCAAGAUGCCGCGCCAGCAACAGCAACGGCAGCAACCGCCAAAGCCAGGCACACCCCCUAUUUAGGUCCAUAUCUCGACACACCUCUCACUGCGCAACCACUAUCCCCCGCCAUCGCCAUCAACCGCGAGGUCCAAUUCCCCAGCGCCAUGACCGCCACCCCCCCAUUAUCCGCCCAAGCCCAGGACGCAAACGCUCGUGUAUUUACCUUUGACAGCACUAAUAAGCCCGGUCUCCCAUCACGGCAUCAAAAUCAGUCUCAACAAGAGAGCACCGCUCCAGCUCCAUCAUUGCCAUCACAAUCCCUCAAAAGAAGAACCAACACCUUGCCAGCCAACAUGACCCCCAAGCUCCCCUACACCCACCCCCGGUCUCUACGGUCCAUCCUCCGCAACUCCCCCUUGCCACCAUUGACCACCAACUUGUCCCCCUCCACAGGGCAGAACAUUUCCCCCAGGCGGACCUCCCUCCGCCUCCAAGAAAGAGCCGCCAGGCGCGUGGCGUAUAACUCACCCCUGGAACAAACGAUAACAACCCACAAAUACACCCGAUCACAUAUUGAUCUCCUAGUAGCCGACGACGACACCACCCCCGUAAGCCCCUCCGUCACCUCUGACGAAGGCGACCUUGACAGUAACUCCACAGUCUUGGACCAAACCAUGGCUUACUCCAACCUGACCCGCGACGGGGGGCAAACACCGGGUCCGUUUGAGGAAAUGCGACGUCGCAUGGCCGACAUGAGGGCCAGCACACCCACUACUUCCUCCUCGUCAGCUUUGUCGCCUACUUCCACGGGCGGCAUCAGGAAAAAGGGCGGAAAAAGGAGGGAGAAGAAGAGGAGGUGGGUCUGGACGAUUGGACAGGACGAAGACGGGGAGGAGAGUCUCCCUUCUUCAUCAACCACUCCAGCAACAGCGGUACCAACGCUGGCGAUCCCAACAACAGGGAAAAAGCACCCCCUGGCUGCCUCGACUACCGUCCCUGUGAUUGCGGUCCCUGCUCCAAGAUCAAGGGAGAGACAAUCAAAAUCAACAGUCGGCACGAACGGAAAGGGGGUGGCGGUUGCUCCUCCUGCUAUCACACAACAACAACAACAACAACAACAACAACAACAAGAGCAACAACAGACCCGAGAGGAGAGGGAGCCAACCCCCAUCCCUUCUUCAUUGCUGCCCAUCCCACAUUCAAGCCCGGGUUCUUGGUCCAACUCAUCAGGGUACUCGGGGUAUUCCUCCGACGCGGAUAUUUCCAUGCCUAACCAGCAGCAACAACAACCCUACCUCUCCAUCCAAACAACUGCCCAUCAUCAACUAUCCUCCGCAAUGGCGAUCGAGCCCCCCACUCCCAGCGUGGAAUCCAUCGCCUCGUCCACCCAAGACAGCGUGUUUGAGCAUACAAUCGGGUAUUCUUCGAGUUUGAGAGGAUCGUUCAGCUCGGCUGGGGGCGGGAAUGGACAGGAUGUGGAGAUGAGCGAUAGCAGUUCUUUUACUUCUGUGGAGGAGCAGGAGGAAAACAACCAUUAUACCUACCAAGGGAAGGGGAGGGUCAUGGUGGGGGAGGAGGAUGUGGAGAUGGAGGAGGGGACCCCGACUAUGACUGCUAGGCCGGUGGGUGCGCCGUGGAGGGUGGCUGAUGGGGGGUUGAUUGCUAGGUGA